AUGUGCAACUCUCUCAUUUCUGUUUCUGCACUUUCUUAUGUUCUUAUUUACACGUCUGGAGGACAAUAGAGACCACCGAGAGAAAACCGAAAAGAGACAUGUCCAUGUGGAUUUCAGCCACCGAAGAGCCAACCGCGUAAACGUGAGAAAAAAUCUCCGCCGUCGUCGUCGUCUUCUCCUCCUUUAUCAUCGCUCCCAGAUGAAGUGGUUCUGAGCUGCGUGGCCCUGACCUCGAGAUCCGAUCGGGCGGCCUUGUCUCUGGUCUCCAGGGGUUAUCGGUCUCUAGCGGCUUCUCCCGAUCUCUACAAGACGAGAUCUCGGAUGGGUCUCACCGAAACAUACACGUAUGUAUGCAUGCGAUCCUGUCUUGACCAAAACCCACGAUGGUAUAUCCUCCGGCGAGGUGAAUCCGAGAAUCGGCUUGUGAGAAUCCAGGUCCCGUUUUGCGAAAGGAGCAUCCUGACGUUACCGCAGACAGACGAAAGAAUGAUGACUCACGCUCUUCCUACGGAAGGAUCCACCGUGGUGGCCCUGGAUUGGGGGAUCUACGUAAUCGGUGGAUUGAUACAGGGGCAGUUCACUGACGAGGUCUGGCUCCUGGAUUGCCGGACUCACACGUGGCGGCAAGCCCCUUCCAUGCGAGUGGAACGAGCUAAGCCGGCUGCCGGAAUCGUAGCAGGGAAGAUAUACGUCUUCGGAGGAUGCAUAGAGCCGGACUCCUCGCACUGGGCGGAGGCUUUCGACCCAAAGACUCAAACUUGGGAGACUUUAGCUCCAAUGCCGGAUGAGAGACUGCGCUCUGGAGGUUUCCGUAACACUGUGGUGGUGAGGGAGGAAAAGGUGUACGCAGUGGAUUCAAGGGAUAGAAGUUUCUACUAUUCGCCGAGUGAUGGCAAAUGGGGAAGAGGGAAUAAUGAUUCCUUGCCUGGAAAGAGAAGGGAUUGGUGUGUGAUUGAUAAAUUGAUAUACUGUCUUGAUCGUCACGGGAGGUUGUGGUGGUGUGAGCCAGAUCAGUUGGAAGGUGAACAACGACAAGGAGAGGGAGAGGAGAAGGAGGGGAUCAUGUAUUGGAGGGAGGUCAAUGGUUUGGACUCUCUCAAGACGGCUCUCUCUAGCUCCAGACUGGUCCACAUAGAUAGGAUGCUCGAGGCUUCGUGGAAGUCGAAGGAUGGGAGUGACAAAAAGCUCAUCGAUUUACGUCCAGGGGCCAGGCUCAGCAGCUCUGGUGGUUCCAACAUUGUGCUCUUUUGGGAUGUCAUCAUUGAGGGAGAUCGUCGUCGUCUUGAGAUUUGGUCUGCGGAGAUCUCCUUGGAGAGGCGUCAAGGAGGUGAGGUUUGGGGCAACGUUGAGCGGUCUAAUGCUCUCAAGACUGUUGAUCAGUUCAUAGGCCACGACUACAAGGUUUUGCAUUCUGUUUCUGUCUCUCUUUGA